AACCUACGCAUAUACACCUGAGAAAAAUGGCAGCAUCACGAAACAGCAGUCCACCUGCAUCAGUAUACGACAUGAGCGACGACGAAGAACGUGACUACAACAGCGUGCGACGGAGAUCGUCAUCCUCGCGCGGCGUCAAGCUGCUCUACGCAAAGAGCAAGGUCUUUGUCCACCCCUCGCCCUCAUCCAAGGACAAUAUCGAUGGCUUCAUUGCCCUCUACGAACAGAAAUCGCCCUCCUCCUCAUCCGCUCCUUCCUCGUCGGGUCAAAUCUCGUCGUCGUCACUCAUCCUAGGCUGGUCGCCCGUCGCCUCCCUCAAGAGUCAGGGCCAGCUCGAAACGUACAACAAGGUCGACUUGGAUGACAAGGAUGCUCCUACCAAGAACCUCGUUUCUCCUCCACCCAUCUCCUCCGCUCACACCACCACUCCUGGCCCAUACCCGUUCGCCGUACAAGCUAGCGAAAUCUACUCUAUCCAAGUUCGCCCUCCCAGUGCUGGAUGGUGGUUUGGCAGUCUUGUCAUCAACACUCGUUCUGGCGACAGCUUCCCUGCACUCUUCUUCCACGACAGCGAAUGUCAGUCCACCAUCAACCACCGCAAGAAGCUCGCUCGAGAGAAUUUCGAUCCUUUCGGAGAGAGCGGAAACCUGUUCUGGGGCGGCGAUCAGGUCAUGCAAUGGCUGAAAAGACACCUCAACGUCGAGCGCUCUCCAGAGCCCAACAUUUUCCUGGUCGAGCCCUCAGACGCCGACCGCACUGGAUUUGGUACAAACAAGUCUGGAAAACCUACACCUGACAAGGUUCAGCAAGCCUUGGAAGGUCCCAAUGCUCAACCACAAAAAAAGAAAAAGGAGGAUCCCGUUGCAAAGUUCCUGAAGGACUCUCGUUGGGCUGUGUUGGAGAAGCUCAGUCAAGUCACUACCUUCACUCGUCGCACUGCUCAGGCUGCUGCUGAUAAUCCCAAAUUGCCUCCUCAGCUGCGUCGUAUCAUGCAAAAUCCUCAGGUCCAGACGGUGCAAGAAGAGUUUGACAGUGCUCGCUUGUAUCUUGCAAGAUGGGCCAUGACAAUUGCAGAACAGAGUGAGCGCGACAGGAGUCAGCGUAUCUACACAGCCAAAGACUUGCUCGAGAAUGAAGACACUGAGCUUGGCGAGUUUGAGAUUCUCGAUGUUGACAUGCGAAAUCUUGAGCUCAAUGAGAAGAGGGAUCCCGUCACCAAGAAGGAGUGGAAUGCUUUCUUCGAUUCUCAUGGAAAGCUUCAUGUCACACCUGAUGAGGUCAAGGAGCGUGUUUUCCACGGAGGUCUGCAUCCAGAUGAUGGUGUCAGAAAGGAAGCCUGGCUCUUCCUCCUGGGCGUCCAUGACUGGAACAGUACCAGAGAUGAACGCAAGGCGAAGAUGAACAGCCUCAAUGAUGAGUACAUUCGCCUCAAGGGAGCCUGGUGGGACCGCAUGACGGAUGAAGAUGGCACUCUUGAAGAGCGCGAGUGGUGGAAAGAGCAAAAGAUGCGCAUAGAAAAGGAUGUUCACCGAACUGAUCGUAAUAUUCCACUUUUCGCUGGCGAGGACAUUCCUCAUCCAGAUCCAUCCUCUCCGUUCGCCGAGGUCGGCACGAAUGUUCAUCUCGAGCAGAUGAAGGAUAUGCUACUAACCUACAAUGAAUACAACAAGGACUUGGGCUAUGUCCAAGGCAUGAGUGACUUGCUCGCUCCCAUCUAUGCAGUCAUGCAAGAUGAUGCAGUAGCCUUUUGGGGUUUCGUCAACUUCAUGAAUCGCAUGGAACGCAACUUCCUCCGCGAUCAAAGUGGUAUGCGUCUCCAACUCACAACUCUCGACCAUCUGGUCCAACUCCUCGACCCAAAGCUAUACCUCCACCUUCAAUCCGUCGAUAGCACAAACUUCUUCUUCUUCUUCCGCAUGUUGUUGGUAUGGUACAAACGCGAAUUCGAAUUUCCCCAAGUCCUUCGCCUCUGGGAAGGAUUAUGGACCGACUACCUCUCGGCAAACUUCCACCUCUUCAUCGCCGUGGCCAUUCUCGAGAAACAUCGCGAUGUCAUCAUGGAGCAUCUCAAAGGCUUUGAUGAGGUGUUGAAAUAUGUCAAUGAAUUGAGCAAUACUAUCGAUUUGCCUUCUACACUUCUCAGAGCUGAAGCGCUGUUUAGGAGGUUCCAAAGGACCGUGGAAGCUAUUGAUCGCAAAGAUCAUUUCCCUACUCCGACAUUGAGGCAGAGGAAAGCUGUCACCGCUGGAUCUUUGGAUUCGGGACCGCAAGGGCAUGAUGGUAAAACUGCUGCUGUAGCGAGUUCGAGUUCGGAUGCGCAGGGCGCUGGUCAAGCUGGCACUACUACUGCCGCUCAGAAGGAGAAGAUCGUUAGUCCUGAAUUGAGGGCUUUGCUCAGCAGGGAAUUCGCCAGGGUGGAGAAGCCUACCAAGGAUGACAAGUAGAUAUUGGACGGGAGACACAUGUGGACAUGACAUUGGCGUUUGUGGCUGCGAGCGAAGGGUCUUGGGAAACACGUAGGGUGGGCAGGCAGGCAUUCUUUUUGCUGAUACGAUUAUUUAUGACGAAUUU